UUUUGUAGAAGCCAGCCAUUGAUGCAAUUUCAGUUACAGAACACAAGCCGAAAAAAAAAACUCCAGUAAAUUUCACUUCACUAGACUACUACUAUCUUGCUGCAGUUUGCAAUCUGCAAACUACCCCGCCUGCUGUUGAAAGCUAUCAAGUUCUGUGUGAUGGUACAAUCCCAAGUUCCCAGAAGGCUAGGAUGAUGCCAUUUCAUGAACUCUUUCCAGUUUAUGAUUAUUGGUACCAAUCUGAAGGAAGGAACAAGAUUUCUUUUGCUGUUCCUAACUGGUCAUGCCAACAAAUUCCCAAUCUACCAAUCAAGGUUGAUGCCUCGAUAUGCAUCUCUACGUUCAACUGCGACGUCACCAUGCACUGCAGGAAAGUUACGAGAAGCUUUGGCAUUCUUUUCUUCUGGACCAAGGCCUCCAGAUUAUUCUUUUUACUUAAAACUUCUGCAACUGUGCAUUGGCACGAAUGCCGAAAGACAAGGUCAUUCAACUCAUGGACACCUAAUAAUAAAUGGCUUUCGUUCCAACGUCCAUUUAAAUACAAAGUUGAUCAUAUUUUAUUCGAAAUUAGGUGACAUGGUAAAUGCUCGUAAGGUAUCUGAUAACAUGCUUGAAAGGAGUGUGGUUUCUUGGACUGCCUUGAUCUCGGGUUACUCUCAAAACGGAGAAUUAGAAGAAGCUCUCAAGGUGUUCUCUGAAAUGCACAAGGAUGGUGUUAGAUCCAAUCAGUACACUUAUGGGAGUGCCCUACGGGCUUGCACCGGGCUAGUGUGUUUGGACAGAGGAAAGCAGAUUCAAGCGUGUGCCCAGAAGAGUAGGUUUGUGGAGAAUUUGUUUGUUCAAAGUGCACUGGUUGACUUGUAUUCAAAAUGUGGGAGAAUGGAGGAUGCUUUUUCGGUUUUCAGUUCGAUGAUGGAGAGGGAUUUGGUAUCUUGGAAUGCGAUUAUUGGUGGUUUUGUUAUUCAAGGAUUCCAUGACAAUGCAUUCUAUAUGUUUCAUCUAAUGCUAAGGGAAGCAAUAGGUUUGCUGCCGGAUUACUUCACCUUUGGAAAUGUUUUGAGAGCCUGUGUUGGACUUGGAAAAGUUGGUCUGGUACAUGGUUUCAUCAUUAAACUAGGUUUUGCAUCACAUAGUAGUUUGACUGGUUCUUUGAUUGAUGCCUAUGUAAAAUGUGGUAGUGUCGACAAUGCAAGACAUCUGUACAAAAAUAUGCAGAAUAAAGACAUUAUAUCAUGCACCGCAUUGAUCACAGGAUAUGCCCACAAUGGUAAAAAUAUCAAUGAGGCUGUGCAACUCUUCAAUGAAGUACGUCUGAUGCAUGUAGCAGUUGAUAAUAUCGUGCUCUGUUCUUUGCUCAGUAUAUGUGCAAAUACAGCUUCUUUGCUCUUGGGGAAACAAAUACAUUGUCUUGCAUUAAAGUAUCCAACUCAUAAGGAUGUGGCCAUGGGUAAUGCUUUGAUUGACAUGUACGCUAAAUCAGGAGAGAUAGGAGAUGCAAAGCAUAUUUUUGAUGAAAUGGAGGAGAAAAAUAUUAUUACUUGGACAACUCUCAUUACUGGCUUUGGAAGGAAUGGCUAUGGAAAUGAGGCUGUUUCACUUUACAAGAAGUUGGAAGAUGAAGGAUUGAAGCCCAAUUAUGUGACAUUACUGUCUCUUCUUUCAGCGUGUAGCCAUUCUGGUUUGACCGGUGAAGGAUGGACGUGUUUCAACAAAAUGGUGAGCAACUAUAAUAUUUCUCCAACAGCUGCGCACUAUUCUUGUCUUGUAGACCUCUUUGCACGCAGAGGAUAUUUGGAGGAAGCCUAUACUCUGAUGCAAAACAUGAAUAUUGAGCAGAAUGCGACUCUAUGGAGUACGAUUCUUGGUGGAUGUUACAUUCAUGGAAAUACUUAUCUUGGUGAAGUAGCUGCCAAACAUUUAGUGAAAGUUGAACCCGAGAACUCGGCCAACUAUGUGGUUAUUGCAGGAAUGUAUGCUGCUGCAGGCUUAUGGGACAGUUCAAGGAUGAGCUGGAAAUCCAUGGAACAAAGAAGCUUAUUAAAAGCUCCAGGUUGCAGUUGUUUUGAGUCCGCUAGCAAUACAGUUGCGCUUCCUUCACCAUGAUGACAUAACAAAGUGGCUGUUCCUAUUGUGAUCUGAGAGUAAUAUCCCUUGGUUCCUAACUUGAGUAGCAGGUGCUCAAAUGAUAUUGAAGCUGAUGGCAUUACAGAAACUGUUCGUUCACACUCAGGUGGGAGUUUGGUAAGUUACUUCAUUCAAAGCUGUUUCUGAUUGAUGCUUCAUUCAGAGCUGCAUCCCCAAGGGUUGGACUGGUGAUGACUGUUGCUGCUCAAGACUGCAGUCUUAUCUUCUUAAGAGCUCUUCAAUAGUUCUCAUGCAUAAAUUUUACAUUUCUAGUUCCUCAGAAUAGUAGCAACACGAGCUAUACUAUGAGAAAUGUAGUAAUUAUUCUGGGGUUCAAAAUGCAGCAAAUUGUCACCAUGCCAAAUGAGUCUGAUAUAGGAGAGUUUACUCAGUUGGAUCAAAGUUAUCCUGAAUAAGAGAACUAUUGCACGAAUUGUGUCGACUGUCAUAUUGGAUAUGAAGUUUAAUAUGCAGGGAAACAAACUCUAUGGAGUACCUAGGGUGGCUUCUGAA